GAGUAUCUUUAAAACUAUUUCCAUUUGUAUAUAUCUGUUGGUGGAGGAAUGCUUGUUACCUACUCCUUUUUAUAGCUUCCUUCCACUCUCUCCCAAAAACACACACAGUGGAGAGAAAAAAAUGGAGAAAAACAAGAUAUGUAAGCUCUGUUCAAGAAAGUUUGCUAAUGGAAGAGCUUUAGGUGGGCAUAUGAGAUCUCAUAUGAUGAAUUUACAGUUACACCAACAUGAAACAGAGUCAAUUCCAUCAUCUUCAUGGUCCGAUGAAGAAGAAAAAGGUAAAAUCUUGAAUUCAUCUGAUGCUGAUGCUGAUGCUGAUGCUGAUGACUCGGCUGUUGUUCUUCCAGAUAAGGAGAGUGAAACCGAGUCAUCGAAAAAUCCAAUUCGUUUCAAAAGAUCUAAAAGAGUAAGGAAAUCAAGAAAACCCAAUUUUGUGAAGAUAACAGAGUAUUACUCAUCAGUGGUUGAAACAGAGCCGGUGAGUUCGAUUUCAGAGAAUUCACCUGAAGAAGAUGUUGCACAUUGCUUGAUGAUGUUAUCUAGAGAUAAAUGGAAUAAAAAAGAACAAGUUGAUUUCUACUCUGAUGAAGAGGAAGAAGAUGAACAAGUCAAAGAAGAGAAUUCAGAGGAUUCUGAAGGAGGGGAAGUUAAAGUAACUACAAAGAGUACUAGAGGAAGAGGUAAGUAUAGAUGUGAAACAUGUAACAAAGUUUUUCGGUCUUAUCAAGCUUUAGGAGGACAUAGAGCAAGUCACAAGAAGAUUAAACUGUCAAACGAAGUGGUGGAAAGCGCGAGGAAUAAUAAUGUAGUAGUUGAAGAGAAAAUACAUCAAUGUCCUGUUUGUUACAGAGUUUUUCCAUCGGGUCAAGCUUUAGGUGGACACAAGCGAUCACAUACUAUUGGUGCUGUUGUUGCAACAAGUGUAACUGUUCUUCCUCCUCUGCCUCCACCUCCUGCUCCUGCUAAAUUAGAAUUAUCAAGAACUGGUGGAACAAGUUUAAUAGAUCUUAAUUUUCCUCCACCAAUGGAAGAUGAUGAUGAAAUUAUCAGUCAAGUUGAAGUUUCUGCAGUUUCUGAUGCUGAAUUUGUCAACCCCAUCAAGAAUCAGAGGUAAAGUUUUGGUCUUUCUUAAUUUUUAGUGGUAUUAGGAAAAGGGAUUAAUAGUGGAUUAUGGAUCUAAGUUAAAUUUUUUUUGGGAAAGUUGGAUUAGCUUUUACUCAUUCAAUAGUUUUGACUGUAAUUCAUAAUUACUGUUGAAAUUGUUCUGUUAAUGUUUUGAAUGUAACAGCUGAUUUUUACUGAUAGAGGAGACGAUCAAAAUCA